AGUCGACAAACCCCUUGAAUAACAAUGUUUCACCAGCAAUUUCAACAAAUCUUAAAUAAAAGAUUAAUUAUAAAAAAUAACGAAAUUUUUGUGUAAUGAAUGAUGGAUUUUAGUGAAUCUGCCACUCUGGUCACAGACUCGAUUUGGUCAUUAACUCGAUUGAUUUUGAGAAAAAACGGAAAAAGUGUAAAAAGAUAUGUUAAUAGUCUCGCUCCCCCUCCUUACUUAAUCGCCUGCUCCUCCUAAUAGCUUCUUUCCAGGUAGACGUUAAGGUUAAUGACGAAAUUGUCUAAUAGCGUUCGCAAAUUCGUGGAGCCGCGCUAUAUAAGACGACGGCGAAUGUCCAAUCGACACCACAAUCAGUUCAUCUUCCACAGAAAAGAUAUCCACUCAUCAGCAAACUCAAUAAUGGCUUCCUACGCCCCGAUGCCUUAUGCAGUCCCUCCCCCAUCUUACGCUCCCCCAUCUUAUUACACAACUCCGUCUUAUGGUGACGAAUAUGCUCCGAUCCCUUUGACUCCGUUGGUCAUCCCCGGCGAUCCUCCUUCCGCCGGUGGAGGAGGUGGCGGUGGUCUGGUCACCAAGUUCUUGGCGUUGCCACUCAUAUUCGUUCUUCCCGUUUUACUUCCCAUCAUUGCAGUGGUUGUUGUUGUACUGGGAGGAGGUGGCGGAGGAGGUGGUGGAGGCAGACGACCGCUUCCUUUAGCUUCAAACGACACUGACAUCUACGAAACAACUCCUUACUACGACGACAGCGCCUACGGAAACGACUACCAAGAUGAAAACGAAUACAACAAAUUAAAUCAAGACAGCCAGGAUCGCAAGCGUCGUCAAGUGGAGAAGAACAAGAACAUUUCCACCGCUGUUCCAGCGAUGAGCAUCGCCCAAGUCGAACGACUGACCCAAGUUGUUUACGCCGCAAUCAACUCGCAGGAAUGCAUCCAGCGUCUCCUGUGUGAAGUUGGAUCCUUGUCCCGCUCCUUCUCCAAAACAAUUCAAACGGUAACCAAAGCUGUCGAGGAUUAUGUUCCUGAAAAGCUCAAAGAUUCCUACCACGUCCUCACCAAAGUACAAAAAUGCGAACAGUUUCAAUGUGGAUCCCUUAAAGUCAAGAAGUAACUCCCCUGAUUAUAAGUGCAAUACAAAACUUUUUGUUUAUUUAAAACUUGAUUUGACUUGAUGCUUAUUUGCAAUUCUUUGUGUGUUUUUGUGGAAUAAUACAUCAGUGGGUCCGUAACCGAAAGUCGAAUAUC